UGUUAGACCACUGAGCCUACCUCAAGAUAAUCUUAUAAUAACUGCAUCAUGGGAAAACAGAGAGACAUUUUGGAGAAACUGGCAGGGACCUUUCAAAUUCGACAUGUGCUCCUCCGCCAGGCCCUGGCAGAGUGCCUGGGAACUCUUAUUCUGGUGAUGUUUGGUUGUGGAGCAGUAGCACAGGUGGUGCUAAGCAGAGGCUCCCAUGGCACGUUCCUCACUGUCAACUUUGCUUUUGGUUUUGCUGUGACAUUGGGCCUUCUUGUGAGUGGACAAAUCUCAGGUGGUCAUCUGAACCCAGCUGUGACCCUCUCACUGUGUUUACUCGGGAGGGAGCCAUGGAGGAAGUUCCCAUUGUUCUUUUUCUUCCAGACUCUCGGAGCCUUCCUGGGUGCAGCGAUUGUAUUUGGCAUGUAUUUUGAUGCACUGUGGGACUUUAGCCAGGGGGAGCUGGUUGUGGUGGGGAAGAAUGCCACGGCUGGGAUUUUUGCCACAUAUCCAUCCAAAUAUCUCUCACUGGUUAAUGGAUUCUUUGAUCAGUUUAUUGGAACAGCUGCACUGAUCGUGUGCAUCCUCGCCAUAGUUGAUCCACACAACAAUCCAGUCCCGAGAGGUCUGGAGCCCUUCACUGUAGGCUUUGUGGUGUUGGUCAUCGGCCUGUCAAUGGGCUUCAACUCUGGCUAUGCCGUCAACCCAGCCAGGGACUUGGGACCACGCAUCUUCACGGCUCUUGCAGGCUGGGGUAGAGAGGUUUUCACAGCAAACACCUACUGGUUCUUUGUGCCCAUCUGUGCACCCUUCUUGGGUGCAGUGGUGGGUGUGCUGAUGUACCAGCUAAUGAUUGGAUACCAUUUAGAAGGAGAAGUGCGAGAGAAGCAGAAAGAGGAGGAGGAAAGGUUCAAACUUUCCAACAUGACAACUGAAGAAGAUGCAUGAGCACUGCUGAAUUUCUUUUUACUUUUAUGUUGCAGUAGAUAACAUUCUUUCCUAACAACUAAAUCUUUUGCUGUUUAGCUGUGAGGAAAACUCUUUAGUUUUCACAUUGUUUUCACCCUUUGAAGUAGUAAUUCAUUUAAAUGCAUUUCUCUUAAGUCACUAUCACUAAAUGAGGUUACACAAUGGCAGAUUUUUAUUUGUGUAUGUAGGCUCUACACAUAGCCUGCACCAGAGCCUACACAAGUGGCAUGCCGUUGUUAGUAUCUAUACUUUUGUUGUGUUUCUACGUCCCUCUGCAAUCACACCCCCAAAACACUAGUUGCUGGUGGGGUUUCUACGUCUGUGAAGUGCAGGAGUUUGAUGGAUUCAACUAACACACCUAAAACACACAUAAAACAUGGGUUAAUAUUGAUAAUAUUAAACAUAAGUACAAAAUUUGGCUCCAGUAAGACUCACAGGGCUCAGAGACAAAGCAAUUGUUUGCUAGACAUUGUUUUCCUAGCAAAAACAACAUGCUAACAUUAUUAGCAUGCCCCUAUGACAUUUUAUAUUGCACAAACUAGCCUAGCAGCUGGCAGACUUCCCUGUACUCACAUAAAUCACACACAAAACUUCUAUUGAGGAAUUUAUUGGGGACUUUAUUGUCUUUACAAUUUAUUGUUUCUUAUCUGUGAAAUAAAAGUAGCCUAAAUAAAAACUUUAUUUCCACUGAGGUAACUGGUUUUAAGUUUACAAAAAUAAACAGGACAUGUUAGUUACAUCUCUAGGGAGGUGCACAUCAUGCAGCAUAGGGUAAGCAUCUACACAGAGCCCAUGCCAUACUGCGUCAUUUUAAUGCAGAAGUAUAAAUCCCACUGAUGUAAGCCCUGGCAUUUGCAGUAUUAUGAACUGGGUGUCUGUGGCAACAUUCCCAGGAAAAAUCACAAGUGGCACUCUUGCUUUUCAACCCACUUGCAUGUAAAGUGGCACACUGUUUCUCCCAGUCUCUGCUAGCAUUGCAAGUUGGCUAACUGGUUACUAUGACUGAACAAACAAAGAAAAGACAAUGGGCCUCAUUCACAAACAGUGUGUACGCACAAAGCUGUGCAUAAUCUGUGCAUAUGAACAUUUUUCGCACAAAUCUAGACUCAAUAUUUUCUUACCAGAAUAUGUACAUACUCUGCGAACAAAUUUAAAAUUGCUCUAGACCGUGCAUACACACAAAUGAUGAAGGCUCAGCUGUAUUAGAAAAUGUAAACACACCUUUUAACUCAAUGUAUGCAGCUUAUUAAAACUGUAUUCAGAUAGAUAACAAUAUUUAAAGAUUUUAAUUUACUAAUGGCACUUAUUUAAUGCCCUUUCAUCCUCAUGAAUAAUUGUCAGAAGUAAAAUAUUUGACUAUAAAAGCUGAAUGUCCCAGUCUUAGCUAAAAAGAGAAUAAGAGAAUGCCCAUAUUGAAAUAUAACAGUUUUGGUUUUCAUUGCUUUUAUUGAAUCUGCCUGUAAUCAUUGCUAUUCCCACCAAAUUUGAGUGCCAUGAAGUUAUUCUUAUUAUUAACAGGCAUCCAGGGAAACCUAUAUAAAAUAUUCUAAUUUACCUCCAAGCAGGUGUUAAGAUGACACAUAGCCUUGCUGGAAGAUGCUGCAGCCCGUGCCUUCAGGAGAGAGCACAUUUUCAGAGACUGACAUAACAUGUUUGAAGAGAGUGACUAAGGGCUUAUCAGCUGUUUCCGACUGCCAAGACAUUCACAGACGCUCACCAACAGCCCAACACUGGUGUUCCAGGGCCUUAAUAUGUGCAUAUAGAAACAACUUCACUGCUUUCUCCGUGAUUCAACACUUGACAAAUAUAUUUCCUUAUAUAAAAAACUGGUGGCAGGGCAGUAUGCUGACUGAAAAUAGCGGGUAUGCACCUGUCAAUUCAAAAUGAUUCUGAUUCACUAACACAGGCACAGUGGUAUAUAAAACCGUUAGUUAUGAAUGUGAUGGUAAUUUUUGCAUGUGCACCUUUUUAUGUGCAGAGUAAGAAUAUUUCAAUACUCAUAUUAGUGACUGAUGCCCAAUCAAAUAAGACUUAACACAAUUUUAACUAACACCUUUAAUAACUUUAACUAACACCACAUUUUGGAUAGCAUAAGCCAUCAGUCAAUAAUCAUGAAGACAUCUGCUCUCAUGACAUGUCAUCACAGACAGGAACAGUUUCUCAGGAAAUUAUGACACAUGCUUUCUGAAUUCAUUUUCACUUAACUCCAGCCAGCUUUUUCCAUUUCUGCUUGAAGCACAAAACUAUUCCCUUCAUGCUGCAUAUCUGACAAAACAAAUACAUCCGCUCACAGAAAAAAAGCCAAAACAAAAGACAGUUUGGGUUGAAGAGGUAUUUGAAAAGUGUCUUGUUCAUUUCUGUUUGGAAGAGACCUUCGAAUCACCAUCAAAUCAAAAACAGUCACACUCACAAUGUUCUUGUACGGUUUCCUUUAUUUGUAAGAACUGUGUAGAAUGGCACCAAUGCAGGGCUCCUGAGCUAAAAAGGCACAUGAUCUUCUCACCCACACAUCAAAUACAAACACAUCUUAUGAAUCCAUACACCUGUCAGAUUUGUGUCAGACUUUUGAAACUUGUCCUCAUGUGUUCUCACCACUUUAACACGUUGUUGCAAGUGUCUCCUGACAUUCACCUAAU